AUGUCAGAAACAGAUGUUGCUUAUGCCGAAAGGACCACUGGUUCAACUCCAAUCGAUGUUCUGGCCGAUUCAAGAGCCAGCCAGUGCGCAAUCGAUGGGCCUAUGAUAAAGGCACUGGGGGCCAACAGUAUCAAUGUGUACUAUACGGAUGCGACUCAGAGCCACGAUAAAUGCAUGAAGGUUUUCCAGGACAAUGGAAUAUACGUUAUUGCGAACAUGGCAAGUCAAUGGGACUCGACCAUUUUUAAUAUGACAGGAAUGGAUGUUAGCUCGAACGGAGCCAACUUCACCUGGCAAAUGGACGUUUUCAAACAAUACGCGGCUGUUCUUGAUUCGAUGGCCGGGUACAGCAAUCUCCUCGGCCUUCUAAUUGGAAAUGAGAUUGUCUCCGGCCCACACAUGGAGAAUCAUGUUGACCUAGCCCCAUAUCUAAAGGCUGCAGCUCGAGAUAUGAAAGCGUAUACCACCGCCAGGCAGUAUCGUUCUAUACCAAUUGGGUAUGCCACAAGUGCGGAAAUUACCUACAUACAAGAGUUGGGAGAAUAUCUUGCGUGUGGAGGUAACAGUAACGAGGCUAUCGACUUCUAUUCAGUCAAUGCAUACCAGUGGUGUGGCAAAUCGUCCAUGAGCGGCUCUCCUUACGACGAUUUGACUGCUAAGCUAGAAGGCCUAGCGGUUCCCAUAUUCCUGUCUGAAGAUGGCUGCAAUACCCCUGCUUCACAGCUCCUUCGGGACCAGUCUGCGACAUUUCAGUCUAAUAUGCCCGGUAUUUGGAGUGGUUCAAUUGUCUACCAGUGGAGGCACGAAGCGAGUAACUAUGGGCUCGUUUCAUACACCACUUCCGGAGUUAGUACACCAACAACUCUGGCCGGCUACGAUGCCUUGAAAAACCAGUGGUCUGCUGUGACUGCAAAUACCCAUCCCCCAUCUACCGUUUCUUCUCCUUCCUGUCCCACGUCGAUAAAUUCAUACUGGUCUAUCAACUCCAGCGCGGCAUUGCCAACCAUUGCAGGUCUUGACUUUGCGACCAUCAAACCGUCGGGUGUCACCGGUACUGCGCAUGGCACCAGGACGCUUACGAGUCGAAGCACCCCCAGCAGUAACCCCAGAAGCAAACAUGACAUAGGUGUUAUGGCCGGAAUUGGAGUUGGUGCUGGGGUCGGCGUAGUGCUCAUUUUUGCUGCCCUGGUGACCUUUUUUGUACGGCGUCAUCGAAGGAAACGAGCAAGAAAUACAGGAUCCUCGGUGGCAGAGAUGUCAGACACACUCGGUGCAGGAAACCCUGAUCAAAGUGCUCCCCUGACUGGAAUUUCUCGCACUGCUCCGUCCGCUGACCUAGUCCAUGCUGAUUCACCGAGUGGACUACCAGGUUCGGACCCCAGGGGCCAAGAGCUUGGCACUGUUGUGGCUCACAAGGCUGGCAAGGAAGAGGUGUAA